AUGGCUACGUGUUGUCUUUGGUUGCACCCUACUGAAAUUGUCUCAAGUAAUGAUGAUCAGCUACAUGUUAAAAAUCUGAACCUGGAAACAAGGUUGGGCAUUGCAGUUGACGUUGCUUCUGCAUUAAAUUAUCUUCACCAUGAUUGUGAAUCACCCAUCGUGCAUUGUGAUCUGAAACCAAGUAAUUUCCUUCUUGAUGAUGAUUUGAUUGCCCAUGUGGGCGAUUUUGGGCUGGCUAAGUUCCUCCAUCACACCUGCAGUACUUAUCGACAGCUGAAUGAACAAGAUGCAAGUUCAAUUGCAAUAAAAGGCUCCAUUGGAUAUGUCUGUCCUGAAUAUGGAACGGGUGAUGAAGUUUCUACACAAGGUGAUGUGUAUAGUUAUGGGAUGCUACUGUUAGAAAUGUUUACAGGAACGAAACAGACAGACAACAUGUUUAAGGAUGGUUUAAACAUUCAUAACUUCUCUAAAAUGCAUGCAUUGCCAGAACGAGUUCUAGAUAUUGUCGAUUCACGAUUGCUGCUGGAAUUAGAAGAGUUACCGUCAGAUAGGAUCAAGAUGAAUGAGGUCAUUGUGGAUGUACAAGCGGUGAGGAAUCGGUUUCUUGGGAUCGGAAUGUAA